AUGUCUGACGCACGAGUUUGAAAAUUUUGCAUCGCAGUCAAUCUCACUUAUUCCCUUAAACAAUUUAUCAAUUUCGAAACCAAUCUGUUGCUGUCUGAAACCUUAAAUCAGGUACUAAAUUCCUUACAAUGAGAUGAACAAAAUCAAAGGGAGCUAGCCUUUUUACGAGAUGAGCUAGACCAAGUUUUAAUAGAUAAUAGCUGAACUAUUUCAUGCAUUGAAAAAGAUCUUAUUGAUUUACCAUUACAACAAAAGAUCUUCUGUGCUGCUGAUAAAAUAAUGAUUUUAAAAGAUCUUCCAUCGAGAAUUUGCUCAAUUAAAAUAAAAGAAAAUGAAAAUAGCUAUUUUCUUGUCGCAGCGCUUUUAGAAAAUGGCAAAGCACUUUAUCAUUGGAAAGAUGAAGAUUGAUACAAAAUUGGGUUUGAUAAGUCCAUGCCUGAUGAACCGCAUUAUUUUUACUUUUGCGAGGCUCCUCUACAUGAUAUAGAGCGGAUUUUAAACUCUAAAUGCUAUGAAAAAAUAUAUUCGCUGCUUAGAGACUCGCAUACCGAAAAUGAGUCUCUACUAGAUAUUAGUGAAGCAUCUGAAAUAAACCAAAGAGCUAGCAUAGAUGAAAGUAAAGAAAGCAAUGAAAUUAUUGAAAAAGGGGUAAAAGAUACAAAAAAUCAAGAAUUACAAACUGAAAUUGACAAUGAGCAAGUCUGCAAACUUAAGCUAUCAAUUAAAAAUUUACAGCAAAAUGUAAAAAAACUCGAAGGUUCAAAUCAGAAAUCGCAAAACCUAAUAAAUUCUUUGAAACAUGAAAUUCAUGAGCUUAAGGAGCAAAGAAAAGCCUCAGAAGAUAUAAAAAAUAAAUAUGAAUCGGAAAUCGCUAACCUUGAAAAAGAAAAGAAAGAAAUGCAUGACACCAUUCAGCUCCUUCAUAAUCAAGGACAACAAAUGAGCGCGGGCCAUAAUUUCCAACUAGUCCAAUUGGAAAAAUUAAAUCACGAUUUAGUUUAUGAGAAUGAAUCAUUAAGAGAAGAAUGCAGAAAACUUAAAGAAAGUCAAAUAAUUGAGCUACCUCCCAAUCGUAAGCACGGCCUUCCUAAUUUAGGAAACACCUGCUAUUUGAAUUCUCUUUUACAAAUAUUUUCGAGUACUCCUGCCUUUGAGGCUGCACUUCAAAGUUUAACCCAGCCAUUUUCAAAAUCUCUUAAAGACCUUUUGCUCAAUAUGAAAAAGGACAACAGCCCUCGGACUAUUGGAGGCUUGACAAAGUUAUUUUUAUCAAAUCUGGUGCAAAAUUAUCCGUUUGUAAAAGUUAUUUAG